AUGGCCUCUCCCGAAUAUUCGUCUCUUGAGAAGGAACUCGUCAAAUUAUAUCGUGAAUACCGCGAAACAAAGUCCAUCGACGCCAAAGCCCUCUUCUUCUCACCAGAAUGUCGUCAGAUAUGUCGCACAGACCCAACCUACGCUGCAAAAGACCGGGACACCAUUCUCCGCUACCUACGUGAGGCAGGCGAUGUCCUGCAGACAAUUUACCACGAGGCGGGAUGGGACAUAAGUGAGAUGGAUCCCGCUUCCGUGAAAAGCUUCUACACUAUGCGACCGCUCCUCAUAAGCGAAAAAGAAGACUUCGCAACGGUCAAGGAAUUGGCUCCCGCUGGUUUCGCGUCUUUGGAGGAGGUUUGUGAUAAAGCGGAGAGUGAGAAGUGGGAGGGGUUGAGAGUCAAUAUGUGGACGGAGGAUAACAAGGGAAGAGGGAUUUUGGUCAAGGUUCAGUAUUGGUGGAGGAAAGAGGAUGGAGAGUGGAAGCAGAUAUUGCAUGAUAUUAUGUUCUUGGGGCCUGUUGAUGGGACGGAGAAGGAUGGGGGAGGUAUCUUGGUAGAGGAGGGAGUCUGA